AUUGGUGGCGGAUGACGUAGAAGCUAGUAUCUUUGCUGCGACUGUCUGCUGCCACUAGCAAGGUCGCUAUCGAUCUAGCUAGCUAGCUUCGUAGUAAAUAUGUCUGAUAUAGAAGAUGACUUCAUGUGCGAUGAUGAAGAGGAUUAUGAUCUGGUAAACUCCUCAGAAGAAUACUCAGAGGACAGCAACUCUGAGCCCAAUGUUGAUUUGGAGAAUCAGUACUACAAUUCAAAGGCCCUAAAGGAGGAUGACCCCAAAGCAGCUCUCAGUAGCUUCCAGAAGGUCUUGGAGCUGGAGGGUGAGAAAGGAGAAUGGGGGUUCAAAGCCUUGAAACAGAUGAUUAAGAUUAACUUUAAACUGACAAAUUUCCCUGAAAUGAUGAACAGGUACAAGCAGCUGUUAACAUACAUCCGGAGUGCAGUAACACGAAACUACUCUGAGAAAUCCAUCAACUCCAUCCUUGACUAUAUCUCAACGUCAAAGCAGAUGGACUUGUUGCAAGAGUUUUAUGAAACAACGUUGGAUGCAUUAAAGGAUGCCAAAAAUGACAGGCUUUGGUUUAAAACCAACACUAAGCUUGGGAAGUUGUACCUGGAGAGAGAAGAGUACGGUAAGCUUCAGAAGAUCCUGAGGCAGCUGCACCAGUCCUGUCAGGUGAAGAAACACUCCUCAUCAAUGCAAUCAGAGGUUUUCACAGAGGUCUUUACAGAGACGGAUGACGGUGAGGAUGACCUGAAGAAAGGCACCCAGCUCUUAGAGAUCUAUGCUCUGGAGAUCCAGAUGUACACGGCCCAGAAGAACAACAAGAAGCUGAAGACUCUAUACGAACAGUCUCUACACAUCAAGUCCGCCAUCCCUCACCCACUCAUCAUGGGAGUCAUCAGAGAGUGUGGAGGGAAAAUGCAUUUGCGAGAAGGGGAGUUUGAGAAGGCUCACACAGACUUCUUCGAGGCGUUUAAGAACUACGAUGAAUCAGGAAGUCCUCGACGCACCACCUGUCUGAAGUACCUGGUGCUGGCCAACAUGCUGAUGAAGUCUGGAAUCAACCCCUUCGACUCCCAGGAGGCCAAACCCUAUAAAAAUGAUCCAGACAUCCUUGCAAUGACAAACUUGGUCAGUUCCUACCAGAACAACGACAUCACAGAGUUUGAGAAGAUCCUGAAGACCAAUCACAGUAACAUAAUGGAUGAUCCAUUCAUAAGGGAACAUAUAGAAGAGUUAUUACGAAACAUAAGAACACAAGUGCUCAUCAAAUUAAUCAAGCCUUACACGAGAAUACACAUACCUUUUAUUUCAAAGGAAUUGAACAUUGACGUCUGCGAUGUGGAAAGCCUUCUAGUUCAGUGCAUUCUAGACGGCACGAUCAACGGCCGUAUCGACCAAGUCAACCAACUGUUGGAGCUGGUUCACCAGAAGAGGAACGGAGCCCAAUACAUGGCUUUAGAUAAAUGGACUAAUCAGCUGAACACUCUCAACCAGGCCAUCGUCAGCAAACUGGCCUAAUCAGAGUAGUGUAACCCGAAAAGUUACUAAUUCGAUGUUGCGGGCGUGGGGGGGUAAUUUCAACAUGAGGAGCGAGUUAACCCAAUUCAUCUCAUUUACAGUAGCAGUAGACUACAUUCUCAAGAUGGCAAUAACAGAUUGAUGAUCUCCCACAGCUUCCAAUAUCAAACGUACAGUCACUUCUUGUUAUGUGACUGAUAAUUUAAGGUAGAAGUCAGAGGUGCCAGUUGCCCAGCUUGUGUUUCUCUGCCUAGGGCCAGUUUACCGGGCACAGAUCAAUAGUCCUGGACUAAGAAUAUGCUCAAUGAGUGUUUUUUUUUUCUGGAGUCGGACUAGGCUUAAUCUGUGUCCAGGAAACCAGUCCAUAGUGUCCCAAAACCAGUAGACUUCAUUACCAUUAAAACACUAAACUGGCCAUUCAUUGUACAGAGAGAAGACUGUAAAAUCCCCCUUAUGUACAUUUCCUAUAGUGAAACAUGUUUGCUCUACCACUGUAUUGCCCCCUUCUAGGGAAAUGUGAAUACCCAAAUGUAUUGAAGCAUUAAUAAUGUUGAGCAGUCAAAAUCAGCAUGACCGUUUCAUGUCAAAAUCAGCAUGACCGUUUCUGCAAAAUGUCCAGUGCUCCCUGUACAGUCUUUCAUAAAUGGAGCACCAGAUUUCAUAUGGUACAUUGUUGUGACACUGUUAGACACAUUUUAGCUUUUGUUUUGUUACUGAAAUAAAAGGUAAUUGUUG